AUGUCUUUAAAGUCUAAAGAAAGUAGAGCUUCUACUGGUCAAAAGUUCUGGCAACUCAAAAAAUUUUCGCUCGGACACCAAGCAGAAACGUUCUCUCAAGAUCCAAAGAUAUCUGCUGAAGCAACCAACGAAGUUGACUCUUUGGAGAGCACUAAACCAAAGAAUAAAAGAUUAAGCUCUUUACUUUCACAUCAUCGUCGUCAAGCCAGUCCUAAACAGCCGACAAAAGUUGAUACUUCACUUACCCCGUUACUGUCCCCACGAAAGACAUCAGUUAUCAGUCUACCGGCAGUAAUGUUAGCGCAAGAUGUGGGUCACCAGCAAAACAAUAGUUCACUGCCUGGACUACCCAAAGAUCAAAAGCACCAACGAGCAUCAACUGUACGCAAGACAGACGGCCAACGCUCGAUCCGCCGUAUAGUUUCACUUGCCUCUCAUCGUUCAGUAAUCACCCCCGAGGUGUUUGAGCCCGAUCCACGACCGACCCAACGCAAAUCCCUCGACAGUGCAUCCGAAGAAGACUCGGAUGAACAGCAACUGCCCAAAGAACCCCCUGCCCGUAAGAUGUCUCCCGACCUCCGACGCUCACUCAGACCUUCUGAAAAAGACAAGGAUAAAGACAAAGAUAAAGAUAAGGACAAGGAUAGAGACAGAGACGAGAUUCCAAAGUACACUCUUAGAGAUGCACCUGUGAGACUCAAUAACUCUGAAGUCGCCAACACAGAUGAUGCUCCUUCAUCAGUCGUCAGACGGUCAUCAAAGGCUUCGGACGAUUGCGGCUAUAAGGAAAGACUUCAGCAGCGGGCGCGCACCCUGCGGCCAGCUGCAUCCCUUGCAACUUUGCGGCAGCUGGCCCAGCCGAUGGGCGAGGAACUGCCCACCCGACCUGCCACUUCUUUCCGUCGAUCGUUUAGUCAGGACGAAGAAGCCGCCGCGAGCUGGAGACUCCAGCACCCACACUCGCACUCGCCACCGCACUCGCCACGGACGAGUGGCGCACGUCCCCUUGUCCGUUCAGACACGGCCCAGAGUAUGCGUACACUGACGCGCCGGGUGAAUGCACGCGAAGACUUGCAGGGAUGGUCGUCUGCGAACAAUCUCCACAGCAGGGCUAAUACGGCCACGACUACGAUUCCUGACCACAACGACAUUGACGCACCCCUGGACAGCUCCAUGAACUCUGAAGCGAGUUGGUGGUCAGGCCAACCGAGUGAUGAAGACGAACACCGGCCAGACACAGACACCUCCUCUGACUCGAGUGAGCAUUCGCCUUGUCCACGGCGGCGCAUCGAUACUGUAGAUCAGCUUCGAGCAGCCCUGGAUCAGGACAAGGCAGUCAUCAAGGCAUUGCAGGCCUGCAACCGAGAUAUUGCUUUUCUUAGUCAAAACAUUGAUUUGCUUUCGACCGAGGCAGCAGAUUGGAAAAAGAAGUGGGAAUCCGAAAAGUUGCAAAAAGAACAAUGUAAGGAAGAACUGACGUCUGCUGUGCGCAGAUUAGCUGAAGCCUCUGAUAAAGCCAGACAAUUGUCAAGUGCUAAUGAAGAACUUAAGCGAGAUCUUGAAAAGUGUCGUCAGCUGGAGACCAAGGAAGAACCAAUGGAACCUUGUUCUGAUGACAAUAAUACCAGAAUAGAUCAGCUCAAGGCUCAGCUUGAACUAUCUCAAGACCAGGUUCGUGUCCUCAAGGCUACGAUGGAGCAAUUCUUGCGUAUGGGAAUUUUCAGCAGUGACCUUGCUCAAGGCAGUUCCUGUUUGUACGAUUCUACUUCUGACGCAAGUUUUAUAAAGGCAGUGGUGAGAGAAUUGCGAUAUGCUCAGCUCAGACAGCGUCAGACAGAACCUAAUACUUCUGUUGAGUCUGUACAGAAGAGUAUGUUGACUACAAAUGAACCCUUAGUGCUGUCGGACACCCCAGCGCCAAAAGAUGAAGAGACGGAGAAUAGUACGGCAGCAGAACUAGACGUCCGACUAAGAGAACUCCUUUUGGAGAAAGAACUUCUCCAGGCUGAGUAUAGUAAGAUUCCUGUCAGUGGUGGUAAUGCGCUAACACGUCGACGUCGUGAAGAGUUGGAAGACCGGCUGGAUAGUGUCGAUUCACAGAUGAGCAAGAUCAAACUCUGGAUGCGACAUAGAAAUGUGCUUUACUCCACCAUUGGAUAA